GGGGGGGGGGGGUUAUUCUCGCGAGAGUUUGACGACCGCGGGCGCGCAGGAGCGGCUAAUGGCGGCGUCACAGAGCGCCGAGGGCGAGCGCUGCUAACGGUCGAUCGGGGGGAGGCGCACGGCGCCCAGCUCCGGGCACAGGCGCCGGGCCAGCGGCAUGUGCGGCCACAGCCGACCGGUAAGCUAACAUAAUGUGGGACAGCAAAUCUAGUGAGGCAUCUCCACUACACCAAGAACAAAUGCAGAGCCGGGAUACGAGGCGAGAUGUGGCCUCAGCAUGGGAUACAGUCAACCAAACUAAAGCUGCUUUGCGACACAUAGAGAACAGAUUGGAAGCUGUUCCAACCAGUACUGCUGUCUUAGACACUGUGAUGGACAACAAGAAAUCCCUGGGCAGUGCUACCAGGAAAGUUAGUAGGAAGGAUGGAAGGUACAUGGAGGACUCUAUGGGCAGUGCUUCAGCUGGCAAGUCCAACAGUCGCAGCAAAUCACGAAAGGACAAAAUGUCCCGGAGCCCCUUGAGAUCUACUACCCUGGAAAGCAACAUUAAGAAGAGCAGUCAAGUAGAAUUCAGAGACCCUUUAGCUUCAUAUAGGGAAUUAGAUGGCACUGUCCCACCCUGUCUGACUGCUGGCCAGCUGGAAGCUCAGCGCCUCCUUUCCAAUUUGACCUCAAAUGAAGCCCAAGGGAAGGAGAGUGAAACUCGCCACAUGAUAUAUGAGCAAGACAACCAGAGUUACCAUGGUUUGGAUAAUGAUAGCACGCGAUCAACUGCAGUGGAUGAUACUGUGGUGAAAUUUCUCAAUGACCAAUUAGCACUUGAUGCCCUGCACAACUCUGCACUUUAUAAAAAUUUGAGCCGAGAUACACUGGGACAGAAGGGUAAUGGCAUCAAAGGCUUCCACACUAAGGUAGUGAGCAAUGAUGUGGAUGCAAAGAGUGAACGGCCAUCUGAGCAGUCUCAGCUGUCCUCCCCGAGUUCCACAUCUGAGUCGGUAAUGCAGAGACUAGAGAUUAUGCGCAGGAAGCAAUAUGAUGACAAACUUGAGAAACUGAAAGAGCGGAUUAGGAAGCAACGGGAACAUUCGGAGGAGCCUGUCGAGAGAGACCGGCAGCUAAACUUCCAUGAGUUACCUAUUGCACUUGGUGUAAGUACUGCAGUUCCAGCCACCAAAGUGAGAAAGGUUGCUGUGGCACCGCCUGCUCCAUCAUAUAAAGGUUUCAAUCCCACAGAGACAAAAAUUCGGACUCCUGAUGGCAAAGUGUGGUGUGAAGAUGAAAUGCACAAUAUUAGCAAGGAUCUGUACCGGGACUUCACACUCCAGUUGGCAGAGAGUAGUAAAGUGAAAGAAGCUGCAUGUGAAAAAGCCAGAGAGAAGAAAGCCACUAAACCUGUGCGUAAGGUACAGAAAAUAACUCGAUCACCAAGCCCUGACACCAAACCAAGUGCCCAUGUUAUCAGCACAGCUUCGUGGCGUGAAGGCCAGAAACUGGUAAAAAUGGUUCUGGGACCUGCACCAAAGACAAUAACUGAAAGUAAGAUGGACACUAGCUUGAAAACCAGGAAAGAGAGGAAUGCCACACCUAAAAAUGCCACAAGAGCAGACCCUGACCCUAGACUCGAAACUUCCAGAAAGUCGAGGCCCAGAAGCUCUGAGCCUCGCACAGCAAAGCAGCCAUUGGGGGAUGACUGGAGAAAGGAAGAGGGGCAAAACAAACUGGAAGUGCUGAAUACACAUGCGCUGUCAGCCGAAGUAAGAGAGAUCCUUGAUGACCUUCAGCUUGAGGGAACUCGGAAAGGUUCAGAAGAAAAGGCAAAUUUGGAAGGUGGCAAACAGAUUACAGGAGGCCGUGCCUUCUGCAGAAGUGUGAGCCCAAUUAAGAGAAAGCAGGAGAAGUCCAACCUGAGUACUGAAAUGCAGCUGAAGCGAUUGAGGCAUUAUGAUGCAGAGGAGGUAAGGCAAUAUAUUGCCAGACAACAAGUAGAGAGGAAGAAGAGGCAGACAGAAGAGAAGAAAGCUCAGAAGGAAGCAAUGGAACAAAAGAACAAACGAUUGCAAGAACUCUACAGGAAACAAAAAGAAGCCUUCUCGAAGCCUAGGCCGGAACCAGUGUGCCAGAAAUAUUUACAGGAGACUUUCUCAAAAUGUGUAACUGAGCUGGCGAAGUUUAAUGAGCCGCCUCCCAACCAACCAGUACCAGAGGAGAAACAGCCAAAGACUGUCUACCAGCCUUCAGGAGAAUCUGACAAAGAGAACAAAGGACAGGAUCGCCCCCUUAGUGCCUCGUCGAGCAGUGACAUGUCUCUCUCCGAGUCUCGGCAGCCUCCUGGCAGGCGUGAACAUUUGGAGCCCUCCUGGAUACCUCCUCAUCAGGUCAACCCAUCAGUCCAGGCUGCUCACCCUUCUACUGGGGUUAAUCUCUUCUCUCGCCUGCUAAACCUGGAACCUCGAAGUUUGUUGCCCAGGGAUUUUGAAACAACAGCAAAGAGGAAGGAUGCUCCACCAAAAGGACACAUGCCUUCCCUCCAGUGCCCACCCUCCAGCUCCUCGCCGUAUGAUCACACAGCAGCUGGACAAAAGCCCACAGUUCCAUACAAGAGCAAACUGGACCGCAUUGAGGCACUAAAGGCAACGGCAGCCUCCCUGUCCAAUCGGAUUGAGAAUGAAGCGAAAAAGCUGGCAGGUGCUGGUAUCAACUAUGGCAUCAUGCAGGACUCCGAACACGAUGUGCUGCAGACCACUUGGGAUGAUAGGCACUGGGCCAAGCUUGCCAGCCCACCUGUUCGUGAUGGUGGCAGUGACGAUAUCUCAUCCAGAAUUUGGAGAAUCCAAGGACCCAACAUGGGCCACACUACCUAUGAGGAUCAGCUGCCUGGGGUUGGCAAUUUGUAUGAGUGUAAAAAGCCUCUUGAGCUGCCACAGUGUGACAACUUUUCAGCAAAGAGGCCUGAAAAAUGCCAGGAAGUCACUUGGGAAAACACCUACAAGAGGUCACUUGAGGUCCUGGAACAAAACCUACAAAAGCUCAGUCGGGAAAGGAAUCAGUUUGAUUCCCCCAAUUCCAGUGGAGGCUCAAUCAGUGAAGGGCCACUACUAAGUGAAGGCAGUCUCUCAGAGGAGGAUGGUCAGCCAAGUUCCAGAGACCCGACUAAAUUAACACAAAGAUUAAAGGAUAAGGAUUUCUGUGCAGACGUGUCAAAUCCUACCCAGCCUGUGGCAGAGUUCCAGAAAGACGCAGAGAGAUACCAGCCUUUCCAGCUACAAUUGGAGGGACACAAGAGCAUAACUCCCUGGGAAGAGCUAGCCAAGGGGAGCCCUCACAGUGUGAUCAACAUCUUUACAAAGAGCUACCAGUGCUGUGGGAAAGGAGAUUUAGAGGAGCAGUCUGAUAGAGUCUCCCCAACUCUGCAACCUCUGAUAUCUGCAGCAAGCCCUGAAGAAGUGGAUGGAUAUGAAGAUGAUUUCCUUUCCUCUCACAGCAGCACAGGUGUGAGCAGGAAGUUCCCUUCAUACCAAAGCAGUUGUGCUAGCAGUCCUUCCAGUGUCUGUGAGGAGCUUCCCAGCAAAAGAUCUCAAGAAAGAAGGCCUGGAGAGGUGUCCCCUCUAUCUUCAGCACACCGUUCCACACCCUCCUCCCGAUCAUCCAGUUCUUCAAGAAAGAAAAUGAAAAUAGAUGGUGCAGAUGUUGCUGGAAGUGUGCGACAUUCUCCUGUGGAUGACAGUACAUGUGUAUCUGCAAGUAUUUCAGAUCAAGCCUCUGCUGAAGGAAAGGUACUGAGUCUGGGGCAAGGUGUAGUCGGUGAUCCUGAGCAAGCGAAAAACUCUAAUGGCACAGUAGAAGAAGCCCCCGUUGUAUCCCCUGUCAGUGUCCAGGUGGAAACCUCAAAGCCUAAGAAAGCCACAAGCUCUUUGUCCUUUCAAUCUGCCAUCAGUGCUUCAUCCCAGAAACCUUUACAGAAUGACACGACAACUGCAGCAGGAGAUGGGACAAGACAAACUGCUACCACAACCUAUGCACCUUCACCUUCUCCUACCUACAGGCCACACUUUACUGACGUCAGUGUGACAGGAGCUAGACUUCCCUCAUCUUCAGCUGCAGCCUCCAUGUUCAGUUCCCCACUCGCCCUCCAGCAUCGCAUGAGUGCUGAACUUGCUUACUUGGAUGCAAUAGAGGACUCUGUCCGUCAGCUCUCAGAGAUGGAGAAGAUCCGGGGAAUUACACUUGCUCAACAGGAGAGUGUGUCUUUGGCUCAGAUCCUGAAGGCUCAGCACCAGAGACAUGAGCAUGACUUCGCCCUGCUGAAGCUAAAGGCUGACCAGGAAAAGGUGGCAAGUCAGAAACAGCUAGAGGAAACCAGGCAGAAAGCAGCACAGGCACAUGCAGAGAGCCUGCUGCAGUUUGCACAGACUCGCCAAGAGAUGCUGCAAGAAUCCACAAAUAAAAUGAUGGUUCAACAAGUGGAAGCUGCUAAGCUGACUGCGGACACAGCACGGCAGAUCAAAGAGAUGACUGAGCUGGCAUAUGUACAGAUUGCAGCAGGAUCUCCGACUGCUGUGACUACCAACCUAUCACGUGAAGCAGUCACUGCACCAGUUAUGGCACUGUUGGACCAACAAAGGCAGCAGCAUUCGGAGCUUAUGAAGCAACUGCACACCAAGACUGAAUCUGAAGGCAGGAGGAAUGACAGUAGCCUAUCAUCUGUUGGUCCGGUGGAGAAAUCGCAUGAUUCUAAAGUUCACUAUUCAGCCUCAUUAGACAGCCUGUCUGAGUCAUCCAGAUACAGACAUCAUGAUCAAAGUAGCGGUGGCAGCAGUCGUCAAGACAGUCCUUCCUUGCCUUCCUCUGAGAAGGGAGCAGAGUGCAGGGCUUCCCAUGGUGAGAAAGGAGUUAGCUCUGUUGAAGAGGCGGUGCACACAGCAGCUGAUGACUCAAUACGAAGUGGCAGUAUGCCUUCUUUGCCUGAUGAUAAAGAUUCUGCCUCCAUUGCCACCGAGUAUUCUUUGAAGUUUGAUGAAUCAAUGACAGAAGAUGAAAUUGAAGAGAAAUCCUUCCGCUCCCUGUUGCCAUCUGAGAGCCACCGCCGCUUUAACAUGGAGCGGAAGCGCAGCCGACAGGAUGAUUCAGAUGAGGAAACUACCAGGGACCAGUCAACCUUGACAGCUGUCAAACAUGAUUUAAGCAUGCCCUUCUCGGGGGGCCAGGACAGUUUCUCUAAAUUCACAAUGGAGAUGGUGAGACAGUACAUGAAAGAGGAGGAGAUGCGUGCCCAGCACCAGGUGUCACUCCUCAAGUUGCGAGAACGUGCUUUGAAGGAAAAGACAAAAGCUGAGCUGGCUUGGCUGGAACAUCAAAAGAAGCGCCUGAGAGACAAAGGGGAAGAUGACAAGAUGCCACCAAUUCGUAAGCGACAGCGUGGGCUACUUCUCAGGCUGCAGCAGGAGCAGGCUGAAAUCAAGCGCCUGCAAGAAGCCAACAGGGCUGCUCGCAAGGAAAGACGGCUGAUCCUGAAACAGCAGGAGGAGAUUCAGCGUUUGCGCCAGACCACUAUCAAGAUACAGGAAAAACUCAAAUCAGCUGGAGAGGGCAAGCUGGAGCUGCGGAGCACAGAACAAGUCGAGGAAGUGAAUGUUUCUAAAGUGAGCCAUGCUUCCAGUCCCUUGCAGACAGAUGUAGAGACACGGAGUCCUUCCCCCAUUUCUAUCUCGGGCAGUGAAACCAGCAGCAUCAUGCAGAAACUGAAGAAGAUGCGCAGUCACAUGGAUGAAAAGUUCCUCACCAAGCGAGAGCAAAAAUUGAUGCAUCGGCGACGGCAUGCAGAAGAGCUGCUUGAGUGGAAAAGACGGCUUGAUGCUGAGGAAGCUGAGAUUAGGCGGAUGGAAAAAUUGGCCUUGGCUGCAUGGAACAAGGAGCUUAAACAAAAGGUGGCAAAGAGAGAAACAAAUGAAAGAAGUCCAGGGUCUAAAGAUACAGCCAGUGAGGAAGAAUGCUCAGCACCUCCUCAAUCUCGCCUCCACAGUGACAGCUCCAUUCCAUAUGAAAUUGGAAGCCCACUUGCACAGACUGUAGAAUCAGCAUCAGCUGUCCUCCGGACAUCCACCAGCCCUGAGCACAGUGUUUUCACAGAUGAUAGUUAUUCCCAGGACUUUGAAUAUGUUGCAACACCUAGCAAACAGUCUGCUUCCUCGAAAGUGAGCGUCAGUACAUCAAAGCAAGAUGGUAAGAAAAGUAACUCCGGCCUCAGUUUACAGAUCAGGCCUGAAGUAAAGUCACGCCAAGCAUCCUGCAGCUGGUCUGAUGAAUCUGUUUCUGUGACGCAGUCAGAGACAGCAUCUGACCAGAGUGAUAUAGAGGGCAGGAUUCAUGCAUUGAAGGAUGAGCUGAGGAAGCGCAAAUCCAUUGUAGACAAACUGAAGAAAGAGCAAAAGAAGCGUCAGAAGGAGAGAUUGAAAGCACAGGAGGCGAGUCUCAUUAAACAACUCGAGUCCUACGAUGAAUUUAUUAAAAAGACCCAAGCAGAACUAAGCAAAGAAGUGUCCAGUUCAACCAAACCACAAAUCAAAACCCCUUCCUCCAUUGCUGCUGAGAAGCCUAAGAUUAAACCACUUUCUCUACAAAGGACUGAAUCUGCAAAGAGCUGGAAAUCCCUUACUGAGGGUGAAAGAUCCAAAGUGUCACUGGGCUCCCUUGUUAAACAGGAACAAAGACCCUCAAGUCCUGAUGGACAGAAAUCUAGUUGCCUCAAUGAACUUCAAGCAUCAGACAAAAGCAAGUCCACACUCUUUGACAGUCAAACUGAUGAUUCCUGCAGAAGUGCUUCACCAAUUUCCAUAUCUCAAAAGAAAUCUCAGCUGGAUAAUGUACCAGCAUCCUUGCCUCAAAAGGGAAUACCUGAAUUUAGCCCCUUGCCAGACCAGUCUGUUGCUAGGUCAGCAGGCGGGUCUGGUGAAGAAAAUGUGUCCACUCAUCGAUCUGUGCAGGAUGAUGUUCAGGAAGAACUUGAAAAUAUAAAAUCAGAAGAAUCUGAAAUAAAUGACUUACUUGGGGUCUCUCAACAAACUGAUAAAUCUGAACCCUUGCUGAAACUAGAUGAUAAGAAACCACAGCCUUUCUGCAUCUCUGAGUUUUCUAAGGAUGCAAAGCAGCCUUUUCAAGUUGAGCAUGAUGAGAAGAACCUUAAGGAAUUGAAGGAUGAGAAAUGCUACUUGGACAAAGAAGGUGACUCUGAAAAGGAGGAUCAUUCAGCCAAUUCCAUGAAGUUUAUAAAAUCAAUUAAAUAUGACACUUUUGAUGAAUAUGCAAAAUCUGACCAUAGGGCUUUGGAUGAAACAUCAUCAAAGAAUGAUUCCCGUCCUCAAGAUUUAGACCACCAUUCCCCAGGUAAAGAGGCAACUUACUCAGAAGACUUUGAGUCAUCAAGAAAGAAGCUAUCUGAAGACUUGGAUGAAAAUUCUCACAUUGGAAGUUCUAGAGGUGAUGUUGAAUCUGCAAUGGUCCUUUCAUCAAGAAACAAGAUUGCUUACAAUGAGAGUGUUGCUGGGCUCCAGGUGCUGUCUGAUCUUGACCAUUACAAACAAGGGGAAGUGGAUGGAGGAGCAGAGCAUUCUCGAAGUGCUUCACCAGUCAUCAGCACAGAUGACGAGAUCAGUGAGCACCUAAGUGAAAAAUCCUUUUCAAGUUGUGGUAGUGUGCAUUCAGAAAAACUUCUGGAUUUGAAAUCAUCAAUUCAGAGCAGAAAUGUAGAGCACAGUGCUGUAGACACUGAGGAACAGACACCUGUUCCAUCACAUUCUCCUUCUCCUUGUCACACUCCUACACCUACAUCACAUGAAACCGAUGAACUGCGUGAAUUCCAAAUUAGUGAUAGAGUUUUGGUUAGUAACAUCCAGCCAGGCACUCUCCGCUUUAAGGGAAGAACCAACUUUGCUGAUGGGUUUUGGGCUGGUGUAGAGCUGGAUAAGCCAGAAGGUAGUGGUAAUGGGAUGUAUGAUGGAGUUGUGUACUUCAGAUGCGAGGACAAGUAUGGCAUUUUUGCACCUCCGCACAAGAUUUCUGUUCUACCCAAGUGUUAUGACAAGACCAUCAAUACAGCAGAAAAUGAAGAAAGCCCAUUGUUAGAGAUUGAAUUGGAUCACGAUUGCAAACCAUGGAGUGGGGAAGAAGGAUCAAAAGAAGAAUCAAAGCAGCAGGAGUAUGCAUCUUAUGGCAGUAAAAUCCCCAUUGAUCAAGUUGAUUUUAAGAUGACUCGAUCUGAAAACGAUUUAAAUAACCAAAUUACAAACAAUCUAUUUUCUGAGUCUAAUGCCAUUGACUUGGUUCAUAAUGUCAGUAAAUCUUUAAAUGAUCAAAAUUUAGAGAAUCUGCCCAAAUUGGGUAAGGAGGAAAAACAACCUAAUUUCAAAGUUCAAGAUGAUGAAGAGCUCAGUGUAGCUGAUGUAUCCAUCAAGAAACCAUCCAAAACUGUACUGGAGAAGGACACUGAUUUCUUCACUGAGUUGUCUGUGCAUUCUUCCAGUGAAACAAAAGAGUUAUCAUCACCUGUCCAUGAAAAGCCUUCCACCCCUCUCUUGGAUCUGUUGAAUAAGGAGAAGGAGCAACUUGAGGCACAACUGAAAAUACCAAGCCUCAGUUCUGAAUCUGAAGAAAUAUGUGACAGUGAGGGUUUUAAAGUGGAGGAAUCAAAGGCCAUUCUUGAGGACAAUGAAGACUUUAGCAAAGAACAGAAGGACAAAGAGACAAAAGCUAGCUCUUUGGCUGCUGAUAUCCUGUCUUCCUAUCUGAAAGAUGCAGUCAAACAAUUGCAGCAAAUCAAAAAGGCUCGAGAUGAAAAGAUUGAACUAACUAACCAAAAGUUAUGGUGCAAAUCAGCUGAAGAAUCCUCUCCCAGGUCAUCUCCCAAGUAUUUGGAGGUACAAAAUGGAGCUGGUGUUCAAUUACAGACUUCUACUGAAAGAGAUGACAGUGAUGAGGAUAAGGAGGAAAUAUUAUCUCCAGAUCUUUGUCCUAGACCUGGCAGCCCAGUGUUUGGCACGAGUGGGCAGGAAGAAUUGGCCAAGCGCCUUGCAGAGCUGGAAUUGAGUCGUGAGCUGCUUGAUGACCUGGGAGAUGACCAGGACUGGUUUGAUGAAGACUUUGGACUAAGCUCUCGUAAAGUGCAGCAGCCAGGACCAGAGCUAGAGCCACAGUUACCAAAAGCUGUGGCUGUAAAAGUCCGUGAAGAGCAGUAUUUUGCUGUACCUCAUGAUGCACUGGAGGUUGAAAAGUUAGUCCAUGCAGCUGCUGAAGAGCUUUGGAAGUGGCAGGAGGUGGCACACGAUCUGUGGGAUAUUCCGUUACCCCAGGACUAUCUCGGGAAUAACAAAGGGCAAGAUGUAGAGAGUGUCAGCAGAAGAGUUUAUUGUGAGGCUGUAUUUAACUUAACAAGAGAGAUUUUCAGUGAGAUUUUUGCAGAAGACCCCAAUGCCAGGCAGCCCCCGUGGAUGAAGUCCAGCAGAAACUGCUCUGCUUAUUUCAGGCGAGUGAGGAACCCGCAGGAUAUCGGUGAAGUGAAGACUUUCAUUUCCAAUGAAGUCCUGAAGCUGUUUGGGUUCAGUAAAGAACAAAACCACAAGACCGACUGGCAAAAAAUGAUGAAAUUUGGCAGGAAGAAACGGGACCGAGUGGAUCACAUUCUGGUCCAGGAACUUCACGAGGAAGAAGCUCAAUGGGUCAAUUACGAUGAGGAUGAGUUGUGUGUGAAGAUGCAGUUGGCAGAUGGGAUUUUUGAUGCCCUGAUAAAAGACACAGUAAAUGUACUAAAUCAGAUUCAGGAGAAACGGUCGAAGCUCACUGCAUCCUAACUCCAGCCACACCAUCACCUGACUGGACUACAGAAGGAACUUGGGCAUGGCCGUUCUCAAGCAAGUCAGCAAGCUGACGUACAGCCUCUGAACCCAUCCCAUCGGGUUGUCACCUGGCAUGUUGGUUUGUGAAUGAUGAAUGGUUUAUGAUACUGACCUCAUCCUGAAGUAGGCAGCGUGUGGAAGCCAGAAGUGCCAAUUUUACCCUUCCCCUUUAUAUCUGUUAUUGUCCCAUUUAUUUAUCUAAACUGUAGCAUAGUUUUGAAUUGAGAAAUUUGCACAUUAAUUUUGUUCUGAUUUAUGCCUGUUUACUUUUUUAAAAAUGUGACCAUAUAUCUUGAGGUGCUAUGGUUUCCGUGUUUGGUGUUUUGCUAGCUCUGAGAGUUAAUGACUGACAUGCAUCAAGGGUAAACGUGAUCUCUGAGCUAGAAGUGUAUCUGCAUGAUUGAAGUGAAGGACAAAAAGAUUAUUGACAUAGAAAAAUGCUUCAUUAACUUUUUUCUGGUUUUAAGUUAUUUUAGAAGAAAGAACAUUGUUUUAUUCAAUUAAAUGGGCUCUAUUGAGUUUAUUUUAGGGGAAUUGUUGCACCUUUUAGAUCACUUGUUGAAUCAGGAGCUGUUUUCUUAAAGAACUAUAAUUUGGGUCACAACAUGACUUCGUGACGUCAGUGCGGUGUUUGUUCCUUGCACUCAUUUGUAUACUGCACUCCAAGGUAAAACUGCACCUGAAGAAAGAUUCCUUGGCGGAGGGGGUGAGGUGAUCUAUUCCUUUUGAGGUUUGAAGUUGCUUGAUGAUAGCCAACUGACAUGUAAGAUUCUCUCAGAUGGGAAUCACCUUUCUCUGUCAGUUGCACUGGGUGCUGCUCCUAUCCAAGUGCUUGCGCUCUAAUGUUCUGCAAAUAUCUCCAGUCAAGUUAUCAAGCACCAAUGCUAUAUCUGCUGGCUUUUGGCUUCUAGAGCCUCCCUGUGACAGUACUGUGUAUGUCAAGAAGGGUCCUGUCAAGGAUGCAAGAUCUCAGAUUCCCUUCCCUGAGAAAUACAAGACUCUGACCUCACUGCACAUAACACACAUUGAAUGAGAGAAAUUAGUUGCUUUCCAAUUUGCACUCUAUUCUUACAGUGAUAUUAUAGCAAAGGUGCUACCGCCUCUAUCUUUGACACUGGGUGCAAGAUGUUUAAUGAAUUCCUGAGAAACACUGGUUUUGAUGAGCAGACAGUGAUAUUUUUCAGCAAGGCUCGCUCGAGCUGGGAUGCUGGCUGACCUCGUUUCCUUCCCACAGUGGCACAGCUGGUAGAACAGCUUCCUCACGGCUCCAGUCACCCAGGGUCAAUCCUGACCUCAGGUGCUGUCUGUGCGGAAUUUACAUGUUCUCCCUGUGACUGCAUGGGUUUCCUCCCACAUCCCAGAAGUGCGGGGAUUGGUAGGUUAAUUGGCUGAUGUAAAUUAACCCUUGUAUGUAGGUGGGAUGGCAACUGGGGAGAAAAGGUUACAGGUAAAUUUAGUGGGGGGGGUGGUGGGAUUGCAUAGACUUGAGGGGCCAUAUGGCUUUCUGUGUUGUAGGGAAAUAUGGUAAUGUGGAAAUAGCCUGAGGAUUGUUGAGACUGAUCUUCAAACAUUAACGGCUCAGCUGCUCAAUGUGAGGGAGUGCAGUCUGAGCCUUCUGGUUUGUGGGUUGCAACCGUUCCACUUGCUGGAGGAGGUGAACAAUCUUUCAGAUUGCUUUUGAAGCUGGUUAUUGCAUAGUAUUUUAGUGCUCAGUAAGUAUCUUUCCUUGUCUCCUAUGACCAGAACUGGGGCAUCUAUUUCAGGAGAGCUAAAUUAAUUUUCCUGAAUAUUGAAGCUCACCAAUCAGCCAGAACAGUCUGUUGGAGUGCAGUUUCUACUGGAAGUCCAGGGAAAUGCAACUUAAAAGGGGAUCAUUUUCUUUUGAGCAAAAAAGAAAAACAAUGCAUUUUUAAGUUAGGAGCAAGUUUUAGAGGUAUAACUUCAGCACUGCAAUGAUUGUGCUAUGCUUCAACUCUCUAGAAAUGAGGUUUUCCAGGUGUGCUGGAAGCCUUGACACCUGAGGUGAGAGAUGAUUGCUGAGCAGGGGGAAGUCCCAUGAGCUAUUCGUAUAGUUGUGAAGGUUAGGGCUAGAAAGCAGUGAACGGACAAACAAGUUUAGUUAUGCUGCAGCUCAACAAUUACACCAAUUCUCUUCUGUACAUUGCACAAUAUUAGCCAGAUAUCUGUUCACUUAAUGUAGUGAAUUGCAGACUUACUGCCUUAACCCCAUCAACAACAAUACUAGUGUUUGAUCAAGAAUUGGUAGGUUAACAACUGGUCUGAAUUGCAGUAAAGGUUUUAUCACUGUGAUUCUAGAUAGGGCUAAAUCAAUCUCUCCCUCUCCCUCUGUCUCCACCUCCCCCAAUUCCUUGCUCUCUCUCCCUCUCUCAUAAUUAGCAGUGUACCAAAGGAGCUGGAGCAGCAUUGCAAACGUGCUUCUUACCAAACUAUUUGCUACUAAACAAAAGCCCCAUGUUCACUGACUGAUGGGGUAACACGGAAUGCUGGUUCUGGUUGGCUCUCCCUUCAGAUACAGGUUGAAAUGCAAACCACAGGAUCCAAGCCAACAAUUGACAAAGACAACUUGCUCAGUAAUUAGUGUUUUAAUCCUCAGCCUGUUCAGGGAAGUUUUGACCAUUUUAUCCAUAGGGCUCGAGUUUAAAAUGAUUGCCUUAGUUACUUAUACUUGAGAAAGCCAGUACUGUGUAUGCAAGGCACAAGUUCUUGGCUGCUUGAUGACACAAUAAGAGAAUGAAACCUAUUUAUUAAGAACUUGAAGUUCAAAUGCUGCUGUGCUCAGUGCUGUUCCUUGUCUCCCCAUUACACAUGCCCAGUUUCUGUCACUCUACUGGGUAGACUAACACAAGGGGACUUGCCUAUGUGUACUAUAUAGUGCAGAGCUACACAAAGGAGUACUUGACUGUGUAUUUGUAUAGUUGUGUGAAUGUGUGUAAAUACUGGUUGAGCAUUCCUAUCUGAGGCAAUUCCCUUCCCUUUUGUAAUUUUAUGGGAAGGGCCAAUGUGUGCAGUAUGGAAAUGUAAAAUAGGUUUUUCUGUGUAUACAUAACUAUUAUAUAUAUAUUUGAUAACAAAUUGACUUAUUAAUACUUAAGAAUUUUGUAAAUAAAUCAUUAUU